CCGGCGGCCGGGCGGCUGGCGGCCGCGCAGGGUCUAGCCGAGCUCGCGUCGCCGUGCAGUGCGCUGGCUGUCCGGGAGAUGGCUUCUCACCUCUCGCCCGCUGCUCCUGCUAUUGUCUCACCCUGGGUUGCCUGACUGCCAGCUCGCGCACGCUCUCGGCGGAGAGAACUCCCAGCUCCGGGCUGGUCCUUGCGCCCUUCGCAUCCCUGCCCCGCGCCGGGGACCCCGGACCCGGAGACCAGCGGGAGAAGGGUGCGGCCCGGGAGGAGACUGCGCGCGGCGGGCCACCCCACAUCGCGCGAGUGCAAGGGACGCCUCGAGCCGCAGAGCGCGGCGGGGAGGCUCGGAGCCGGAGCCCACGUCGCCCAACCCACGACACGUCGGGGGUUGCAGCGGAGCCCGCCGGCCGUCCAGGUGCCCAGACAUCAUGCCCCAGCCUUCCAGGCCUGACGCUGGCAGGAAGUAGAAAGCUUCUUUGUCUCUCGUGCCCCUGUCCUCACCAUGUCUUCAACUCAAGGCAGUGGGGAGCACUGGAAGUCCCUCGAGUCAGUGGGCAUCAGCCGCAAAGAGCUGGCCAUGGCUGAGGCCCUGCAAAUGGAGUGCGAUGCUCUGUCCCGACUCCGGCAUGACAAGGAGGAGAGCAGGGCCAAGCAAAACACGGAACACUCUCUCAUCAACUGGGACGAGCCCGUCUUAGACUUCUUCAGCAAGCCAGCGGGGAGACGGAAUGACCUCAAGCUCUUGCGCGGUCUCUCUGGCUCUGAUCCUACCCUCAAUUACAACUCCAUCUCCCCACAAGAAGAACCACCCAACCACUCUACUCCCCAGGGCCCUCAGCCUGGCCCGGAUCCCUGGCCCAAAGGCUCUCUGUCUGGAGACUAUCUCUACAUUUUUGAUGGUUCAGAUGAGAGGCCCUCUUUAUCCCCAGGACCAGCAGACCCAGAUGGCUCUUGCAAAAAAUUGUCCCCACCCCCUCUGCCUCCUCGAGUCUCUAUCUGGGACACACCUCCCCUGCCUCCCAGAAAAGGGUCUCCCUCAUGCUCCAAGAUCUCUCAGCCCAAUGACAUCAACACUUUUUCUUUGGUGGAACAACCACCAGGUAAACUACUGGGCCAUCAAAUCCUAGAAGAGGAAGAGCUGCCAGGAGGUGGAGGGCGGGGGUACCUGCUGGGAUCUGUAGACUACGACGGAAUCAAUGACACAAUCACAAGGCUCAACCUGAAGUCAACCUAUGAUGCGGAGAUGUUGCGGGAUGCCAGCAGAGGCUGGAAAGAAGGCCGAGGGCUGCUGGACUUCAGCAAGGACACCCCUGGAAAACCCGUGUCCCGGAGCAAGACCAUGCCCCCUCAGGUGCCACCCCGAAGUUAUGCUGCUCGCUACAGCAAUCGGAAGACUACAACUCCUAGCAAGAACCGCCGGAUUUCUGCUGCUCCGGCGGGCUCCCGUCCCCACACCGUCACCAAUGGCCACGAGCUGUUUGAGGUGUCAGAGGAGAGAGAUGAGGAAGUUGCUGCAUUCUGCCACAUGCUGGAUGUCCUCCGAUCAGGCUGUGACAUCCAAGAUUACUCCCUCACCGGAUAUGUCUGGAGUGCUGUCACUCCGAGCCCCGAGCACCUUGGGGAUGAAGUCAACUUGAAGGUGACUGUGUUGUGUAGCAACCUUCGGGAGCCACUCACUUUCACCUGUAACUGUUCCUCCACUGUAGACUUGCUCAUCUAUCAGACUCUGUGCUACACUCAUGAUGAACUGAGGGAGGUGGACGUGGCGGACUUUGUACUAAAGCCCUGUGGGCUGGAGGAGUUCCUGCAGAACAAGCAUGCUUUGGGCAGCCAUGAGUACAUCCAAUACUGCCGCAAAUUUGACAUCGACAUCCGGCUACAGCUGAUGGAGAAGAAGACCACACGCAGUGACCUGGCCCGCACGGUAAAUGAUGACCAGAGCCCCUCCACCUUGAACUACCUCAUCCACCUACAAGAGAGGCCAGUCAAACAGACCAUCAGCAGGCAGGCCCUGAGUCUUCUGUUUGACACGUACCACAAUGAGGUGGAUGCCUUCCUACUGGCUGAUGGGGACUUCCUGCUGAAGGCCGACAGGGUGGUCCAGUCUGUCAAGGCCAUCUGCAAUGCCCUGGCUGCUGUGGAGACCCCAGAGAUCACCAGUGCGCUCAAUCAGCUGCCUCCCUGCCCCUCAAGAAUGCAGCCAAAAAUCCAGAAGGAUCCCAGCGUCUUGGCAGUGAGGGAAAACCGAGAGAAGGUUGUGGAAGCCGUGACAGCUGCCAUCUUGGACCUGGUGGAGCUGUACUGCAACACGUUCAAUGCAGAUUUCCAGACAGCUGUGCCUGGGAGCCGCAGGCAUGACCUGGUCCAGGAGGCCUGCCACUUCUCUGGGGCCCUGGCCUUCACCAUCUAUGCCACCCACCGUAUCCCCCUCACCUGGGCUACCAGCUAUGAAGAUUUCUACCUCUCCUGCUCACUCAGCCACGGUGGCAAGGAACUGUGCAGCCCCCUACAGACCCGGAGAGCACGCUUCUCCAAGUACCUGUUCCACCUGAUCAUCUGGGACCAGCAGAUCUGCUUCCCAGUGCAAGUGAACAGGCUGCCCCGGGAGACUCUGCUGUGUGCCACCCUCUAUGCUCUGCCCAUCCCCCCACCAGGGAGCUCCUCAGAGGCCAAUAAGCAGCGGCGGGUACCGGAAGCCUUAGGCUGGGUCACCACUCCGCUCUUCAACUUCAGGCAAGUCCUGACCUGUGGCCGGAAGCUUCUGGGUCUGUGGCCAGCAACACAGGAAAACCCCAGUGCUCGCUGGAGUGCACCAAAUUUCCACCAGCCGGACAGCGUCAUCCUGCAGAUUGAUUUUCCCACCUCAGCCUCUGACAUCAAGUUCAUCAGCCCCCCUGGAGACAAGUUUAGCCCCCGCUAUGAGUUUGGCAGCCUCCGGGAAGAAGACCAGCGCAAGCUUAAAGACAUCAUGCAGAAGGAGUCCCUGUACUGGCUCUCUGAUGUGGACAAAAAGCGCCUGUGGGAGAAGCGAUAUUACUGCCACUCGGAGGUGAGCUCGCUCCCCCUGCUGCUCGCCAGCGCCCCCACCUGGGAGUGGGCUUGCCUGCCCGACAUCUAUGCUCUCCUGAAGCAGUGGACCCACAUGAACCACCAGGAUGCCCUGGGGCUCCUGCAUGCCACCUUCCCAGACCAGGAGGUGCGCCGCAUGGCUGUCCAGUGGAUUGGCUCACUCUCAGAUGCAGAGCUACUUGACUACUUGCCCCAGCUGGUGCAGGCCCUAAAGUAUGAGUGCUACCUGGACAGCCCCUUGGUGCGCUUCCUCCUGAAGCGAGCUGUCUCUGACCUGAGAGUGACACACUACUUCUUCUGGUUGCUAAAGGACGGCCUCAAGGACUCUCAGUUCAGCAUUCGAUACCAGUACCUGCUGGCGGCCCUGCUGUGCUGCUGUGGCAAGGGGCUGCGGGAGGAGUUCAAUCGCCAGUGCUGGCUCAUCAACACCCUGGCCAAGCUGGCCCAGCAGGUCCGAGAGGCUGCCCCAUCUGCCCGGCAGGGCAUCCUCCGCACAGGUCUAGAGGAGGUGAAGCAGUUCUUUGCCCUCAAUGGCUCCUGCCGCCUGCCACUUAGCCCCAGUCUGCUGGUGAAAGGCAUUGUGCCCAGGGACUGUUCCUACUUCAAUUCCAACGCAGUACCCCUCAAGCUUGCCUUCCAAAAUGUAGACCCACUGGGCGAGAACAUCCGGGUCAUCUUCAAGUGUGGGGACGACCUUCGCCAGGACAUGCUCACACUGCAGAUGAUUCGCAUCAUGAGCAAGAUCUGGGUCCAGGAGGGGUUGGAUAUGCGCAUGGUCAUCUUCCGCUGCUUCUCCACUGGCCGGGGGAGAGGGAUGGUGGAGAUGAUCCCUAAUGCUGAGACCCUACGCAAGAUCCAGGUGGAGCAUGGAGUGACUGGCUCCUUCAAGGACCGGCCCCUGGCUGACUGGCUGCAGAAACACAACCCUGGGGAGGACGAGUAUGAGAAGGCUGUGGAGAACUUCAUCUACUCCUGCGCUGGCUGCUGCGUGGCCACUUAUGUUUUGGGUAUCUGUGACCGACAUAAUGACAACAUCAUGCUGAAGACCACCGGCCACAUGUUCCACAUAGAUUUUGGCCGUUUUCUGGGCCAUGCUCAGAUGUUUGGCAAUAUCAAGCGGGACCGUGCCCCCUUUGUCUUCACCUCGGACAUGGCGUAUGUCAUCAAUGGGGGUGACAAACCUUCCAGCCGCUUCCAUGAUUUUGUUGACCUUUGCUGCCAAGCCUACAACCUCAUUCGCAAGCACACCCACCUCUUCCUCAACCUCCUGGGCCUGAUGUUGUCCUGUGGGAUCCCUGAGCUCUCGGAUCUAGAAGACCUCAAGUAUGUGUAUGAUGCCCUGAGGCCCCAGGACACAGAGGCCAAUGCCACUACCUAUUUCACUAGGUUGAUUGAGUCAAGCCUGGGCAGUGUAGCCACAAAACUCAACUUCUUCAUCCAUAACCUGGCCCAGAUGAAGUUCACAGGCUCCGAUGACCGGCUGACUCUUUCCUUUGCCCCUCGAACAUACACUCUCAAGAGCUCUGGCCGCAUCUUUGAUGUUUUUCUCUGCCGUCAUGAGAAAAUCUUCCAUCCCAGCAAGGGCUAUAUAUAUGUGGUGAGGGUAAAUCGAGAGAGUGCUCAUGAGGCCAUUUACAUCCAGCGGACAUUUGAGGAGUUCCAGGAAUUGCACAACAAGCUCCGGCUGCUCUUUCCUUCUUCCCUCUUGCCCAGCUUUCCAAGUCGCUUUGUGAUCAGCCGCUCCCGGGGGGAGGCCGUGGCUGAGCGGCGCAGGGAGGAACUGAAUGGCUACAUCUGGCACUUGAUCCACGCAGCCCCCGAGGUGGCCGAGUGCGACCUGGUGUACACCUUCUUCCACCCCCUGCCCCGGGACGAGAAGGCUGCGGGCACCAGCCCAGCCCCCAAGUCCUCAGAUGGCACAUGGGCCCGGCCAGAGGGAAAGGUGGGCGGGGAGGUGAAGCUAUCCAUCUCCUACAAAAACAACAAGCUCUUCAUCAUGGUGAUGUACAUCCGUGGCCUGCAAUUGCUUCAGGAUGGGAAUGACCCUGAUCCCUAUGUGAAGAUUUACCUCCUUCCUGACCCUCAGAAAACCACUAAGAGGAAAACUAAAGUGGCCCGGAAAACCUGCAAUCCUACCUACAAUGAGAUGUUGGUGUAUGACGGGAUCCCCAAGGGGGACCUGCAGCAGCGGGAGCUGCAGCUGAGUGUGCUGAGUGAGCAAGGAUUCUGGGAGAACGUGCUCCUCGGGGAGGUGCACAUCCGCCUGCGGGAGUUGGACCUGGCCCAGGAGAAGACCGGCUGGUUUGCCCUCGGGUCUCGAAGCCAUGGAACAUUGUGAGCCAGCAGAGCCAUGGCCCAGGACCUCCAGCUGGUGGCAGGAGUUCGGGGAGAAGACUAUCGCUCCACUACUUCUCCUGGGGGAGGGGCAGGGCCUAUGCUGGGCAGCUUCCCUUGGAUCCAGGCGGACCUGGCCUCUGUGACGGUGCAGUCAGGUGCCCUCGGCCGUGUCUUUCUCCACAGGCUGGACUUGGGUUGGUUGUGCUGAGCAGCCCCUCAGAAGCUGUGAGGUUGCAGCAAAGUUUUUAAGUUUACCUUGUGUCAAGGGAGCAAUGCCUGGUUUGGGGUGUAUGGGGGGCGGGCUGUAUGAGGUAGCAGUGGAGGGGAGGGUGGGUGGAUAUCUUUAUUUUUAUUUUUAAAAAAUGAAAUAGUAAUGUUGUCCUAGAUGGGACAGGAAGCCUUGCAAGAAGGGACAUACAUAUGCCUCAGAAGGCACGAGAGGAAGACUAUUUGGACUUUUUGUAUGAUUAAAGUUCUUAUUGGACUUUUCCCUAGGUGUUUGGUUGGGUUGGGUUUGAUUUUCUAGCUAUAGGAAUGAUUUGGGGAGGGGCCCAGUGGGUCCUCUGGUCCAGCCUGCCUUCUCUUAGAGCGGGGCAGGUGGGUGAGGGGGGAGGGCUGCCUAGGCUGCGCCAAGGCCUGGGCUGGACUGAGGCCUGCGCUGGGCCUUUCUGAUUUUUGCCUCCAAAGGAGAGCGACAUGAUACCUACAUGUGUAAGGAAGGGCCUUCCAUAUCGGGGUUCCGCCAAGGACCUGUAUUCAGGGACCCAUGCUCUUUAGGGGCAAUUUUUUCCUCUCAUUUUCCCCUAUUUGGUUAACACUUGGCCUGGAUCCUGUCUCCUCCCCCUACCUCUGUCCUCUCAAACCUUCUAUGGGCCAUCCCAUCCCUGCAAAUACGUUGGGGGUGCUUUCCCAUAGGUCUCUCUUUAUUAAUGUUUCCCAGUGGGACAAAAUGCUGCCCAGUCCUCAGAUGUAGUUUCACCCCAGGGCAUCGGGCCCUGGGCAUCUAGGAGGCAGAUGCAAACGUGGCUGCCUGCUGCAUCAUUUCUGGAAAGCAUUCCCCUCCCUUUCCACUUCUUUCUGUUCUUCUCUCCCACACACCUUUUUCUGUCAUACUUUUCCUAAAAAUGUCCCUCAUUCUGUGGGGCCAUAAAACCUAUUUGGAGCCAAAGGGAUGCCCAGGCAGAAGCAAGGAGAUGGGGCAGAAGAGUCCAUAGCACUGUUGUUUUCCCUGGGAUUUUCCUUGGUUGGGAGGAGGCUGUAUUGGAGAUAUGACACCUCCAUAUCUCACCUUGGAACUGAGAUCAUGGGCUAGGAGAGAUGGGGGCUCUUUUUUUUUUUUUUUUUUUUACCACAGACUUCAUUCCCUCCCAGGUGGAUUUAAAUUUGCUUUUGCAUUUUUCUCCAAAGGGCUGUCUUCUCAAAAAGAGGGACAGACUUUGACUUUGGUAGUAACUUUUCAAAGCACAUGUCCCAUGAUUGGGAAAAAGUUCACCAGGACAGAAACAGUCUGUAAUCUCUCUCUAGCUCUUUCCUCAACUCCAAGGGUCACCAAUCUCUGUUUCUGUUGACUCAUUCCACUACUGGGGAAAGAAAGUCCAUUCAUUGACAUCACAGGGCAACAAAGAAGUUUAAAUUUUUCUUUUACAUUAAAAAUGCCAAGGAUAAAGCUGGUUGAGGAGGGCAGGGACUCGGGGAACAGAAGAAGGGUAGAGCCUUUCCAGAUACAUGGACCACAGAUGGGUCACUGGCUUUCGCUGCUGGCCCAUUUUAUUUCGACCCUCUAUGCCCCUGAUUUGAAAAGGCCUGUACUGUACCCACUUUCCAAGCUCCUUGUAUCUUCUACGUUCUCUGGAAUUGUAUUUUCUAAUAAAUGAUAUCUGAGGAAAAAAAACCUAUCAUUUUUAAAAAAGAUUGGUUGAUAUGUAAAUGUUUAGAUGAAAUUGUCUGGUGUACAAGAUGAAAAAUAAAAAUAAC